GACAUUCUCUAUUUAAGCAGAGAAAUCAUCGCUCUUGAGCUCCCACGGCUCCCCCACAGCAAGCACAUUGUGAAUCUCUAUCGUGUGCAAGAUCCAUGGCGAGCCACUUCCUUGCGAUCAUCCUCAUCGUGUGCGCUUUCUGCUCCGUUGGUGGUAUAGAGGCACGAAGAUUUCUUACCACACCUGAAGCUCCUAAUGCGGGUGAAGUAAAGCCUUCUAGCGUCGUACCUCCUCCCAGCCCCAAAUGGGCCACAAGUCGUGGUGUCGAGGAUUGGGACCCCCCUACCCCCACGAAGCCUACUCCCAGUCCCGAAGAGGAGCCUGCAGUUCCCGAUUCAGGCCCCGUUAUCACCCCCGUGAAUCCCGGGUUGCCGGAUUGGGAACCCCGCACCCCACCAAAGACGUCUCCCGGCACCGCCGAGGAGCCUGCAGUCCCCUGUUCGGACCCGUGAACUAGAUGUUAUAAUGACCCAGGAAGCAUGUUGCCCUGACACUGUUAUGCUUCAGAAUCAUGCGAUGUACUUCGCUCCUAUCAAAUAAAAAUAAAUAAAGAUCGAACGGUUAUUGCUA